UCCUCCCUUGUUAAGCACAGACUGCAAGCCAAGGCAGAGUCUUCCUGGCCAGCCACCUCCAAGGAAAAUGCCCCGGGAAAAGCCAAAGCGCUCUCUGCUAACGCCAUUGUCAGCUAAGAGAAGAAAUCCCUUUUAAGGAAACCAGUUAAGUUCAACAGGCUGCUUUUCUGCCAGGACUUCCAAUCCCAGUGAACAUAAGCUGAACCACAGACUGCCGCAUGUAUGUCUAGAUCCUGGCUUUGCUCCCCCUUCAGAGCCUCGGCACCAGUUGUUGGCCAAAAAUAAACACCAUUCCUCAACCAUAUAUGUCCAAUGGCCCUGAGCUAGGGAGGAGCAGCAGGAGGCAGGUCAGACCCUGGCUGGAUGCACUCACGUGUGGCCACCACUCACCAUGCACAUAACCCAGCUCAACCGGGAGUGCCUGCUGCACCUCUUCUCCUUCCUGGACAAGGACAGCAGGAAGAGCCUCGCCAGGACCUGCUCCCAGCUCUACGAUGUGUUUAAGGACCCUGCGCUCUGGCCCCUACUCCACUUCCAUUCCCUCACUGAACUCAAGAAGGACAACUUCCUGCUGGGCCCAGCGCUGCGCAGCCUGUCCAUCUGCUGGCACUCGAGCCGCGUGCAGGUGUGCAGCAUCGAGGACUGGCUCAAAAGCACCUUCCAGAGGACCAUCUGCAGCCGCCACGAGAGCCUAGUCAGUGACUUUCUCCACCAGGUGUGCGAGAGGUGCCCCAACCUGGCUUCCGUCACGCUGUCGGGGUGCGGCCAUGUCACCGACGACUGCCUGGUACGCCUGCUGCUCUGCUGCCCGCGCCUGCGCGCCCUGCGCCUGGAGAACUGCGCGCGCGUCACUAACCGGACGCUGGCGGCCGUGGCGGCGCACGGGCGCGCGCUGCAGACGCUGCACGUGGACUUCUGCCGCAACGUGAGCGCCGCCGGCCUGCGCCGCCUGCGCGCCGCCUGCCCGCGCCUGGUCCUGCGCGCCGAGCACAGCGCGGCCAUGAUCCCCGACCAGCACCCGUGCCCACCCGCGCCCGGCGCGGCCCUCCGCAAGCUGCCGCCGCGCUAGACGGAGGGUGGGCCGCGCCGUCCGACCGUCCCGGCCUCGAGCCCGGGGCCUCCACCGCUGCCUCCUUAGUCCGUGUCCCCGUCUGCACGGCAGGGUAUGCUGUCUACCUCACGUCCGAGGCUUGGGAAACACUCGGUGGUUGUCACUGAACUCCGCACCGUUCCCCGCCCCCGCCAUCCUCGGGGACUCCUGCUGCUGGGGUCUACGUGGCCCCGGUGGAGAGGGCCUGAGCCCCCGAGCUCGCGGCUGCGCUCUGACAGGCCGGGGACCCCGGAGGACCCCCGCCUCCGGGCUUCCGCAACCCACCACCUGUGACGCCACGGGCUGCAGGAGGGGGAACCUGGGGCUGAGCCAGGACAGGAAGGUUUGCUCGCCUGGAGCAGAUGUGAUCCCAGCAGUGUGCACAAGCCAUUCUAGAAAAUCUCCCGUUCUUACACAAAGUGCUUACUUAUCCAUAUUGUCUUUCAUUCUCAUAAGGGAAGCAGACCAUCUGAAAAAAGAAAGCCAAGCUAAGUAUUUGUGGUGAUCAGGCUGUGUCCUGCUGUGAGUUACUCCAUGACGCAGAAAACUUGGCAUGCCUGUGACUCCGUUUAAUACUUCAUUUUGAGUGCAGAUAUCAAGGCAGAAUGACUGCAUCUUGUUCUUAUUUAAG